AUGUCUUCAUUCAAUAACUUCCAAAACAUGCUCGACCAGCAGGUCGGCACGCUGCCACACCGAUCCCGGGCUCCAGAGAAUCCAAAGAAACAAAGGCCCAUCCCGGCGAAUUCCUUGCGCGUCCAGGGAGCCGCUUGGGCUACCGCCGGCGGCGGAAUGGCGGCCACGCUUAACGGGGCGUAUCGAAUCUUUCGGAAUUUCCGUGGUUUCAAAUAUAUCUAA